CCACAGCAGCGCACUCGUAACCCGGAAGCAAAACUUUACAACAAAAAAAUUGCCGGGAAAUCUGCUCCGCUGCACAGACUACUGACUGAAGCGGCGAAUGGAGUUUUGAUUCAACAACCAGUUAAAUUAUUUUUGUUAUUUACACUCUCCUCGUAUCGUUUAUCCGACAUGGACGAAUAUGACGAACUGUUCGAGGUACCGGACGACUUCGAGGACCAGUUCGCCGACGAGCUGGAGGUGUUGGCUCAGAUGGAGGAUGAAUCCCCCAAGCAGGGGAGAAAUCAGAGUCGGGGGCCAACAGACGACAAUUCAGACAUUCGGCACCUGCUGGAUGAUCAGCCCAUCACUCCGAAGGCAAAACGGCAGAAGCAGGAUGCCGGUGUGGUCAAGCGGCUUUUCAACGCAUCACAAGAGCAUGAGAACAAAGCCCAGAGCGCUGACAUCACACCUCCCUCCUCUCCAGAGCAGUAUGAACCCUCUCACACCUUCAGGUCUGCUCCUGCCGUGUUGGACAUCAGUGGCUUUGCUACGAUCCCAGAGACGCCCAGGCGACCUCCCGCAGCGGCGCCAGCAUCCCUGCUUGUACUGAAGCGACCUCCUUUAGAGGGAGAGUACAUCAGUGUGACAGACUCGUCGGGGAGUCGGGUCUACCUCCGGCAGAAAGAGGACACCGGGAAAAAGGUAGUAGACUCCAGAUUGGCACCAAACUCCCAGGGUGCACUGGGGCUGCUGGCAGUGCCGAUAAGUGUGCUGAGAGAGCAAGAAGCUGAGAGGCGCCAUCAGCAAGUUAUGGAGGAAUCUCAGCGUCUUACAGAGCUGCUGACCAGCAGCGUGAACGAUGUGUUUGUUGAGCCUGAAAGCAGAGAGGAUGAAGAUGAUCCUGGAGACGCAGAGGGACAAACCUCGCGUCUCUGGGUGGACAGGUUUUCUCCCCGACACUACACAGAGCUUCUCAGUGAUGAUUUUACCAACCGCUGUCUGCUCAAGUGGUUGAAACUUUGGGACACCGUUGUGUUUGGAAGAGAAAGGAAGUCCCGCCCCGCCCGGUCUGACAGACAGGCUGCCAACCAACACUCAUUCAAACCCAAUCAAGGCAACCAGAAUCCAAAUCGCUUCAAGACCAAGAUUGAAAUGACCGAGGAGAUACUGGAGGCUGAACUGGACCAGUACAAAAGACCCAGAUUCAAGGUGGCGUUGUUGUCUGGUCCUCCAGGUUUGGGGAAGACCACCCUGGCUCACGUUAUUGCCAAGCACGCUGGGUACAAUGUGGUGGAAAUCAAUGCCAGUGAUGACCGCAGCGCAGAGGUCUUCCAGAAACGCAUCGACACAGCAACACAGAUGAAGUCAGUUUUAGGAACCAACGAGAGACCAAACUGUCUCAUAAUCGAUGAGAUCGACGGAGCGCCCGCGGCUGCCAUCAACAUACUGUUAGCGACUCUAAACAGGAAAGACGGACAUGGCGGGGAUGCCGCUACUGAGACGGCAAAGAAGAAAAAGAAGAAAGAGUCCAUCCUGCUUCGACCAAUCAUCUGCAUCUGUAACGACCUUUAUGUUCCAGCUCUCAGGCCUCUCAGGCAGCUGGCCUUCCUCCUGACUUUCCCUCAGACUCAGCCUUCUCGCCUCACACAGAGACUGGCAGAGAUUUCACUCAAGCAAGGGAUGAAGGCGGAUACUGGCACUCUGUUGUCACUGUGUGAGAAGACGGACAAUGACAUCAGGUCUUGUAUCAACACUCUGCAGUUCCUCCACAGUCGUGGCCACAAGCAGCUGGACACCAAGACGAUCCAGUGUAUUUCUGUGGGACAGAAGGACCAGAACAAAGGCUUGUUCCAUCUGUGGCAGGAAAUCUUCCAGUUACCACGUACUAAACGGAAACGUAUUGGUGAGGGGUUUGAGGACGCGCCAAGUUCAGGAGGGGGAGCCCAGAGGUUUCAGCACAUUCUGCAUUUGUCUUCAUCCAGUGGCGAGUUUGAAAAGGUUUCUCAGGGUCUGUAUGACAAUUAUCUGUCCAUGCGCGUGAGGGACCCCAACAUGCACAGUGUGUGCGAGGCACUGGACUGGCUAUCGUUCUCCGACAGAGUGAACCAUCUGAUUCUGCACAACCAGAACUUCUCCCUGAUGAGAUACCUGCCCUUCCUGUCCGUCACGUUCCACUUCUUGUUUGCCCACACACACGUGCCCCGCAUCAGCUAUCCCCACAGCCAUUACGAGGCCACAUCCCGUCUCCUUGUCAACAGAAACGCCUUGUCCUCCAUGUUGGCUGAUAUCCCAGCAUCAAUCAGAACAAGGAUCAGCCAUCUCAGCCUGACUCUUGACAUUCUCACUCUGCUCCUCAACAUCAUUUCUCCCAAACUACGGCCUGUGAAUCCACAGCUGUUCAGCAGCAGAGAGAAGGAGCAGAUGCGUGAGCUGAUCAACACCAUGCUGGCCUACAACCUCGCAUACAGGCAGGACCGUACACCUGAGGGACAAUACACAUACUUCCUGGAGCCGCGUGUGGAGGAGGUGGUGAGGUUCCCAGGCCUGCCCCCACACCGCCAGCUGACGUAUCAGGCCAAACAAACCAUCAGCCGAGAGAUGGAGCAAGAAAGGAUGAGGAGAGCGGAGCAAAUGAUGCUGCAGCGAAACCCUGCAGUGAGAGACGAGGGAAAAAAGAGUGCUGCUCCUAAACCGAGCAGUAACCAUCAACAGAGGCUGGAGAACAUUGUCAAACAGACAACAGUGGAGACCAGGCCCGAGGUGGAUUUCUUCGGUCGAGCUAUUGCCCCCAAACCUCAGAGGCCGCAGCCGUCCUCAGAGACAGGUGAGAAAUGUCCGGUUCUUUCUAUGGGAACGGCCGUGGGUAACAGCGACGUGUGGUUCCGAUUCAACGAGGGCAUGUCCAACGCCGUCAGGCGAAACGUCUACAUCAGAGAACUACUGUAACGCACUUGAUUUUCAACUGUUUUUAUUUGACCUGCGCUGUAUGUACGUUUCUGAAUCAAUCCCCCAAGAUUCAGCUGUUAACUUCAAAACAGUCUUUAUUUUGAUUGACAGUGUAAAGAGCCAAUAAAAACGUGGUGUUGAA